UGUUUUGACGUUAGGUUAUACAUUAGAGUAAGUCAUAAAUGGCCUAAAUACUUUGUGCUUAAACCAAGUAGAAAUUACCAAGUUUUCAAAGAUUUUAAAAGAAAAAUGUCAGUCAGAAAGAAGAAUGAUCAAGACGAAAAGAAUUAUCCAAGGAUGACAAAAGAGUUUUUAAGAAAGCAUUGUAAAGAAAUGAAAUUAUAUGAAACUCCUUAUCUAAAUGAUACUCUUUAUUUACAUUAUAAAGGUUUCUGCAAAAUUGAAAAUUUAGAUGAAUAUACAGGAUUGAAGUGUUUAUGGUUAGAAAGUAAUGGUAUCGGGUGCAUAGAAAAUUUAGAAAAUCAGAAACAUUUAAGGAGUUUAUUCCUUCAUCAAAAUUUGAUCAGAAAUAUUGAAAAUUUAGAAUCUCUGAAGAAAUUAGAUACACUCAAUUUAAGCAACAAUUAUAUUAAAAAAAUCGAAAACCUAAGCUGUCUUCCUGCAUUAACUACACUACAAAUUAGUCAUAAUAUGUUGAGCACUACUGACGAUAUUCAACAUCUAAUCGAAUGUCCAACAUUGUCCAUGAUUGAUCUGUCAUACAAUAGAUUGGAUGAUAUAAAUAUAUUAGAAGUAUUUUCUACAAUGCCUAAUUUACGUGUUUUAUAUCUGACAGGAAAUCCAGUAAUAAGAAAAAUAUCAAAUUAUCGUAUCACAUGCACUGUAAAAAUUAAAUCACUGUUAUAUUUAGAUGACAGACCAAUUUUCGAGAAAGACAGAGCGUGUGCAGAAGCAUGGGCCAAAGGUGGAAGAGAAGAAGAAAGAAAGGAAAGAGAAAAAUGGAACGAAAUAGAAAGGAAAAAGCUCGAAGAUUGCGUUAAUUAUGUUUUAGAAUUAUCAAAAGGAAGUAAAAGUUUAUUGCAAAAAGCUUUGGAAGAAGAGGAAUUAACAUCAGAUUCUACUUCAGAUAAUGAAGAAAUAAACGAUCAAAUAUCAAAUUCUGACUUAAAUAAAGAAUAUGAGGAAGAGGAUAAUAAAACAGACGAGAAUAUCUUAGAAAAAUCAGUUUUAGAUUAUUACAUGGAUAAUGAUGGAGUUAAUAAAAAUGAUAUCAGGGAUGAGAAUGUUUCAGAAAAAGAAACUUUUGAAUUACUGUCAAAUUCUAAUGACUUAAAUAAAGAAUUACUGAAAAAUGUUUCAGAAAUGGAAAUCAAAACGGAAUUAAACGAAUAUUACAACAACGUAACAGAUAGCAAGCCGAUUGAUGAUACCGUGCAAAUAGCUGAUGAAUUGAAAUCAGAUGAAAACGAAGAUGAAAAUGAGAAAAAACACAAGAAGGAUCACAAAUUAACAGAAAUAUCCGAAAACGAAAAAAUACCUUUAUCAACGUAUAAUGAAGAUGUAAAGGAGAAAGAUAUUGAAGAUCUAAUUGCUCGUGGAAAAAUAUCGAAUAAUACCAUAAGAGCUUAUAAAUUUCCUGAAGAACAAAUUGAAAUUCAAGAAAUAAAACCAAAAUAUGCGCCUAUACCUGAAUUAAUUGAUGAUAGCGACAUUGAAACUAUUAUCUUGGAUUCUGAAACUCAAGCUACAAAUGAAAAUUUGGUUCGUGAUCAUAAUACUUUUUUAGAAGUGGAUGACAAAAAUAUUUUAUUCAUAAAAAACAAUAAAGGCAAUUUGAAAGAAGACAAUCUAUUGUUAAAAAAGCCACUAAUAGAAGAAUUGAAUUAAAUAUUUAUAAUUUAU